AUGCCGCAAGCCCCGCCAUUCAACAUCCCUGGCGUGUGCAAUCGGCCGCCGCUGGCCACGUUCCCGUCCGAUGAUCUCUUCGCCGACGUGACAAGCGAGAAGAGCCAGACGGCCAUCGCAACGACACACACCUUCUCGUCGACCCAGUGGCUGUUGCACUUUCACCAGUCCCUCCACUUGCUGUCUCGCAAAACCGCCCUGGCCAGCUCGCCGGACAGACGCUCCAACCCUGCCACGAAGCCUGGGGCAGACGAGGCUUCCCACGCAGCCAAGGCUGUGACGGCGCUGCGCUGCGUCAUUCAGAUGGGAACCAUAUUUGUCUGCAACUACGGCAAGUACCGCCUGCCAAGCGGAGAGGAAGUCGAGCUGCCCAGGCGGGCCCUCGCCAACGCCAUCUGCCUCACUCAGGUUUUCGACCUAAAAAAGCCCUAUUCCACCACGGAGCAGCUCAAGCGGUCCACCAACUUUGGCGAUGUCCCGUCGCUGCCCAGUCUCCGAUCCCGCGGCUCCAUUGUCGGCCGUUCCGACAUUUCCCUUGCCAGCAACACGCACGGAUCGACCCUGGGACUCGCGGCAGCGCCAGGAUCGCUGUCGCCGGGCUCAUCAAAGUCGUCCGUGUCCAGCAAGGGCUCAAUUCCGAGGACAGCUCGAAGAUCAUCCUAUGACAUCCACAACAUGAGGUCAACUGAGAACGCCCGGCAGCCACCAGGAUCGAUCCAGGGCACGAGGCGCCUUGGCAACUCGGUGGGAUCGUCGCUGAACUUGCAGACGGCGCGACCCAAGAACGAGGAACCAAAGAAUCUGCUCAUGACAAGCUCAGUGACCCUCAAGUUCUCGACGCCCUCGCUGAACCAGAUCAUGGGCCACUCUCAAACCAUGCCCAAGAUUUAUGUCAUGGAGGCGGAUUGUCUCGAGGGUGAGCAUCGAUCACUCCCCGGCGGAGGAUACCGCAAGGGCAACUAUGGUCAGGAAGAGCAGGUUUGCCGCCGAUCCAAUCUGUGGGAAUGCCUGGACGACCCGUACAGCCGCCGCGGCCCGUUGACGCAGUGGAAGUUUCCCCUGCCCGACACAGCGUGCAUUAUUGCGCCGCACGUCUACGUCUUCCGGGAGAGCGAAAAGAAGGGCUACGGAUUCAUGGGGGAGCCCUUCAAGUUGACCAUUGUCACAUCGAGCCCGCCCAUCAACCCCCAUCCGGAACAGCCGCUGGACCCUCGGGUCGCUCGGUCGCUGUCCAAGAAGAUCGAGUCGGCUCUCACCGUCUGCAUCCGAGAAAACAUACGCGUAGUUGUGCUGGGCUCGUAUGGCUGCGGGGCGCACCGCAACCCGCCCAAGGAUGUGGCCCGGAUCUUCCAUCAGCUCAUCCAAAAGCUCUCGAAGGACUCGGCAGACACAAACGGCAAGCCGUGCUUUGAGCUUGUGUGCUUUGCGUGUCUGGACGACCCGAGCCGACCAAGCGGCUGCGUGGGCGCCUUUCUGGAAGAGUUUCGGUGUCCGCUCACCACCUGGAAGGACGUGGAGGCAAUGGAGCAGCUCGCGAGCGUCGUCGACGAUGCCGAGGCAGUAGUCAGACACUCGGAAGCCACGCCGAAUUCCGAAAAUCGGGGUGGGAUGUGA